AUGAAGCAAGCACAGGCUUUGGUGCUUCUGGGCACCGCUGCUGUAAACAGCGGGCUCGUGGCUGCUGGCUCAGUCCCAAGGGGCGUUGGUCCCGAGUUUGUUCGAUUCUACGAGCUGGACAAGUUCACUUGCAUUGGGCACCCCUCGAUAACGAUAUCAAAAUCUCGUGUCAAUGAUAAUACUUGCGACUGCCCCGAUGGUUCAGACGAGCCCGGCACAGCCGCCUGCGCCUAUCUCGACCACCUUUCGCCCUCUCAGCCGCUGCCUGCCUCCCUCUCAGGCUCCACCAACACCACCAAUGCACUACCCGGCUUCUGGUGUGCCAACGAGGGUCACUUUGGUGCCUACGUACCAUUCAUGUACGUUAACGAUGGCGUCUGCGACUACGAUUUGUGCUGUGAUGGUAGCGAGGAGUACACGAACGUGGGAGGCGUCAAAUGCCAGAACCGGUGUGCAGAGAUCGGUAAGGAGUGGCGCCGGGUCGACAAGGAGCGUAAGGACAAUCUUGAAAAGGCCAAUAAGAAGCGCCGCACAAUGGCCAAGGAGUCCAAGGAGCUCAGACGGCAGGUCGAGGCUAAGAUCGAGAAAUUGAGCGCCGAGAUCAAAGAGCUAGAGCACAAGAGGGACGAUUUGAAGAAGAAGUACGACGAGGUUGAGCGCAGUGAACGUGGCAAGGUGGUCAAGGACGCUGGAACAGGCAAGCUUGGCCAAUUGGUCGUGCUGGCCAGGGGCAGAAUUAACGAGCUUCGCGACGCUCUUGGCCUUGUCAUUAAUCAACGAGACGAGUUGAAGGUCAAGGUUGCCGAGCUGGAGGGUAUCCUCGCCGCCUUCAAGGAGGAGUACAACCCAAAUUUUAAUGAUGAGGGUGUCAAAAAGGCCGUGAGAGCAUUUGAGGACUAUGCUGCGAAGGUGGUUGACAAGGCGGACGAUGCCACCGAGGAUGACGUCACCGAGGCUCUAAAGGAGGACAGCGAAAGCAAUGGCAUCAACUGGGCCGAGUACGACGAUGUCGAGGUUACAGAUACCGACAUUCUCUACAAUCUAGAAGCCUAUCUGCCUGACCCUGUCCGGGACUUUCUCCACGGCAAGAUCAACUCCUUGCGUAUCUGGCUCAUUGAGAAUGGAAUGCUUGCCGAUAGUCCUGCAGGAAAGGGCGAAUCGCGCUUAGUUGCUGCUGCUCGCGAAGCUUACCAAUCCGUCGAGUCCGACAUUAAAGGAAAGCAGCGUGAGGCCGAUGACAAGAAGAAGGACCUGGACAAGGACUACGGUCGCGAUGACAUCUUCCGAUACCUCAAAGACAAGUGCAUUAGCACUGACAGUGGAGAGUACACGUAUGAACUCUGCUGGCUGGGCAAGACCUCGCAAAAGUCCAAAAAGGGAGGUGGCUCUACCAAUAUGGGCAACUUUGAUCGUAUUGACUUUGAGGAGAGUGAUGAGGAGGAAAGACACGACGGAAAGGGUCUGGGUAGAGGCAAGCGUGUGGUCUUGAGAUAUGAGAACGGUCAGCACUGCUGGAAUGGCCCGAAUCGCCGCACCGAUGUUUGGCUAGGCUGUGCUGAAACCGAGGAGCUCUGGAGGGUAUCUGAGCAAGAGAAGUGUGUUUACAAAAUGGAGGUGGGUACGCCUGCUGCUUGUGAGGAGGCCGUCGAGCCCGGAACACGUGGACGAGAUGAGCUGUAG